AUGCUCCGCCUCACCGAGCCUACUGUCGCAGCACGCACUCUGCGCCGCUACUGCAGCGAGCACCUCCAGUUCCAAGUCCCCGACCAUCAAGAGCAGAAGCAAGAGCCAGCUCAAGGUUUUGUGGCGACGUGCCAGCCGACAACGCUGUCCUCACUUCCUUCCCGCCCGCCUACCAUUUCCUCAGUUCCCUCGCGCAAUCUGUCGCUCAACAAGCCGCUCCCGCCGCUGCCGCGUAGAGUGGUCCAGCAAUUAUCGCCCAAGCCUUCGGCAACCCCAACGCUGCGCUGGUCCACGAACCUACCAGUUUCGGAAGCAGCUUUGCGACCUUCAUCGGUGGAUCUCUACAGGAAGCUGCAGCAGGGACCGGGAGAGCGGAGGAGGAGGAAGGUGCGCGAGAAGAUGAAUUGGAAGGGGAAGAUGAAGCGAGCUGGGAAGAAGGUGAUGGCCGCGAUGGUGCUGUGCCGCCGCGAUGAUCAAAAGACUCAUGCUGGUUGA